UAGUACAAAUAAUAGUGUAUACCAAACUGCAUAGUGGGUUAGAAUCUUCAAACAUCACUUGCUAAUUGUUUCUUAAACAUGGCCAGCUAAAGUGACAAAAAGUCUCCUCCUACCACCCCCCCCAACCCUGGAUAAAAGCCUUCAGAAGACUUGAUCAAAUAUGUAUCACUCAAGUUUCUCCAACAAAUGAGUGGGAGAACUUUUGUCUUGAUUUUGUUCUUCUGGGCAGUACUCACCAUUGUCACCCCUAUGCUUGUUCGCUUGUCCGCUUCUGCCAAACCCCACAUUGAAUUCAAGGCCAAGGGGGAAACACGGGAAGAGAUGUACACUAGGAGGGUUUUGGAGAUGUUGCCUAGAAGAGCACUUGUUCCUACAAUGAUGCACAAGGCUCCAUUGGCACCAGAGCCACCAGCUUCCGCACCAGCACCAGAACCAGAACCAGAACCAGAACCAGAACCAUCAUUAGUAGUCAAUGGCCUAGAACUUUUUGUAGACGGGGAUAAAUUGAUAAGCCAUAAAGCACAUGAGCUGCUGCUCAGAUGAAUUUGGUCCGGAUUAUCGAGCAAACCAUCAUGAGACAAGUGUUAAUUUUUAUUGAGAAGGUGGUUGGGCGCGAUUGUAAAUAGAAUGUUGGUAGGUUAUUCUACCAUAGAACUUUUUUUUUUUUUUUUUGUAUUCUUUUUUUUCCCCUUCCCUUGUGGUUAUUCUCAACAAUAAAAAGCACAG